UAUCACAAUGCUUCCUUUAGCGGAGGCUUUUGUGCGGUUAAUUUGUAGCAUAAUUUUAAUGUGUUCCGGGGAGCAAGUAGGGAAAUGUGUAUGAAUGAAGAGAGGAAAGACGGGCUCUUUUAAUGGCGGACUUGAAAGCUCCAGAACCUCUGGAAAUCGAGAACAGGAUAAUUGAGCUGUGCCAUCAGUUUCCCCAUGGUAUCACAGACCAAGUGAUUCAGAAUGACAUGCCUCACAUGGAAGCUCAGCAACGGGCCAUGGCCAUUAACAGACUGCUAUCUAUGGGACAACUAGAUCUUCUGAGAAGCAGUACUGGCCUUCUCUACAGAAUCAAGGAAUCCCAGAAUGCUGGUAAAAUGAAGGGAUCUGAUAAUCAAGAGAAACUGGUAUAUCAGAUUAUUGAGGAUGCAGGAAAUAAAGGCAUUUGGAGCAGGGAUAUCAGAUAUAAAAGCAAUCUUCCAUUAACUGAGAUCAACAAGAUCCUGAAGAAUUUGGAAAGCAAGAAACUCAUUAAAGCUGUAAAAUCUGUAGCAGCAUCCAAGAAGAAAGUGUACAUGUUGUACAAUCUCCAGCCUGAUCGUUCUGUGACAGGAGGAGCAUGGUAUAGUGACCAGGACUUUGAAUCUGAAUUUGUAGAGGUGCUAAAUCAACAGUGUUUUAAAUUUCUUCAGACUAAGGCUGAAGCAGCUCGAGAAAGCAAGCAGAAUCCUAUGAUACAAAGAAACAGCUCAUUUGCAUCUUCUCAUGAAGUGUGGAAAUAUAUCAGUGAGUUAGGUAUCAGUAAGGUGGAAUUGUCAAUGGAGGAUAUAGAAACCAUUCUAAAUACCUUAAUAUAUGAUGGAAAAGUAGAAAUGACCAUUAUUGCUGCAAAGGAAGCAUCAGCAGGGAGUGUGGAUGGACAUAUGAAACUCUACAGAGCCAUCAGUCCAGUCAUACAACCCACUGGGUUGAUUCGGAUACCUUGUGGGCUCUGUCCAGUUUUUGAUGAUUGCCAUGAAGGUGGUGAAAUAUCUCCUGCAAACUGUAUUUACAUGAUGGAAUGGCUAGAAUUUUAGGAGUCAAAUAGGCUCUGAAACUUUAAACCUGAUGAAUCAAACUUUUUCUUAGAAGACUACUUGGGCACUGGGUUGAUACUUUUGAAAAUACUGACUGCCCUGCCAUGUGCUAAAUGGGAUACUAUAGGAUUUGAGGCUCUGCACCUGCUUCCAAGUAAAAUGCAUAGGGAUACAAUCAGAGCUUUAAGAGACAAGUUAAAUUUUGAUUAAGAGAAUUAGUUUGCUGUGCUGAAUAAAUGAACCUAUUAGUUGCAACUGAAUCCUGCAGUGUGUGUUAAGAUUGUCAUAUUAGGGGAGCAUUUAGCUCAAGAUACUUUCAUGGCACUGGAAAUCAGGGAUGCAGUCCAUCCAGAUGUUCUCCCAUGAAAAUCUUAUUAAUUACUGCAACAAUGAAAUUGGGGUUGGUGCUAUACUCAGUGACAUAAAUGUUUAUACAUUUGAAAGCUUUAAUACUGAAAAACACAUCUCUUGAAAAUUAAAAUGCAAAAUCCAAUCCUGUGUGUGUUUGACCAAAACUAUAGAAUUUAUCAGGAAAUGUCAGUGACCAUCAGAUUUGUCUCAUAGACUGAAUGUGUGCUGCUUCCAAGGUCAGUCAGAAACUAUGUCUUGAACACCAGUUUUGGAAACAGUAUAUUGAGAUUUCUGCAUGCAAAGCUCUACCAGUAAGAUGGCUGCACCUCUACCUAGAAAGGUUGUUCACUAAACAAGCAAUAAUUCACAUAUGGAUAUUCUCUGUGCCUCUGAUGAAGUGAACUGUAGCUCAUGAAAACUUAAGCCUUUUAAUAAAAUUUGUUAGUUAGAAAAGGUAUUAACAGACUCCUGAUUUUUUGCCACUGUAGACUAACAUGGCUCUCCUCCUACAGUGUCUUACUGUAUCUUGUAAGGGAAGCAGAGUACUAAGAGAAUUUUGUUUCUCUUGUUUAUGAAUUAGCUGAAGCCCUUUGUCAGUAAGCUUUCUUAUUUUGUUUAGAUCUUUUUAAAAAAGUAUUUUAAAAUGAGCCUGAGCUUCAUUUUACAGAAAAAAAAGCAAGCUACUUCAGCCUAGUUGUUAUGCUUUAAAAUAAUGCAAGGUACAGAGUUCUUCCUUUCUGAGCAGAUGAAGCUUGUCAACUUUUAUUCUCUUUUUUGAUAACUCUUUUUAUCUACCAUUAUAGUCUUACGUUAUUUAUGCUUCAUAAUUUCUUCAGUGUAGUAGAAUGUUUAUGGAAAAUAUUUGGAUUCUCUUGUACUAUCUGAGGCAGGAAGACUUGCUACUGGACUCUGGCAAAAUAACUACAUCUACAAAGGUUUCUUUUAAGUUACCAGAAGCAUGUGAGAAAAGAUAGUUAGAUGGAGGUGCCUGUGUUCUUCCAGAUCAACAACAGCACUCAGCCAGAUGAACAACCUGUCUUUUAAAAGAACACCCAGAGCCUAAAAUGUGAAGAGACUACAAAUUUCUCAAUGCCAUGGGUUGGUAACAUAUAAUGAAGAGAACAAAGGGUGUAAAAAGGGAUGGGGUGGGGAGGGGAGGUGACUAGAUCCUUUGAGAGCUGAGUAAAAGAGAAGAAUCAAAGGCUGGAUUGAGGCAAAACUCUCAACCCAGAUGGAGUGAGAUGUUCAUCAUAGCCAUGCUUCAUUUCAUCUUCCCUAUAAAAUCCCAGUCUAGCCACUUGGCAGGGCCAGAAUAACAGUAAAAUCUACUAUUACUUAGAGAAAUAAUGCUUUUUUAAAUCUUAAUUUCCCCCCAUGUUCAGGCACAAUGGUAAUCUAAAAUUUUCCCCUCAGGGAAAUGAAGUGUUAAUCAUAGUAAGAAUCUUUGUAUUUGCUUGCCACAUUUCUAUAAGAUUGUGCCCAAAGAACUCAGAACAUAUCAAAUUAAUAGGAAUAAAUGUAACUUUAUAAAGGUACAGUAAGAACAGAUGCAAAAUCUGGAUAAAAUCGCUUGGAUUCAUUGCAGCUGGAUGCUGGCUUUGCUGCAGGUCUGGAGGAGAUGCCUAGGGCGGAGUCUUGCCUGGCUAUCUGGGAAUGGUUUGAACCUGUUGGAUCUGAGGAAGUGGACAGUCUCCUUAGGACUGUGAGCUCAGCCACCUGCUCUUUAGAUCUAUGCCCCUCCUGACUUGUGAAAACAGCCUGGGGGUUGUCAUGUGGUGGGUUCUAGCGGUGGUGAAUUGAGUGAGGGGAUUGUUCCUUCGCCUCUUAAGGAGGCUUUGGCCUGCCCACCCCCAAGAAGCCCACGAUACUGGACAAUUUUCAUCCAGUAUCCAACCUUCUUUUGGGGGGAAGGUGAUUGUGCAGCAGCUUCAGAGGACCUUGGAUGAAGUGGAUUACCUGGAUCUGUUAUGGAAAUGGCAUUGGUCGUGCUUUUGGAUGAUCUCUGGAAUGGGAGGGAUAGGGGUUGUGCAUUCAUCCCUAACCUCUCAGCGGCCUUUGAUACUGUCGACUGGUAUCCUUCUGGACCGACCCAGGAUUGGGGGUGGGCAGGACGGUGUUGUGCUGGUUCACCUUCUUUCUAUGG